AGAUAUGUUUGUCAAUUGUCAUUGAUAAAAAAACGUUUGCAAACGGUUUGUUGUUGUUGACUUUUUGUUUUUGUAUUUUAUUUGUAUUUAUUUAUUUAUAAUAAUUAAAAAAACCACGACAAAAUGUCGUACAUGUUAUCACAUCUUCACAAUGGCUGGCAAGUUGAUCAAGCUAUUUUAUCUGAAGAAGAUCGAGUUGUAGUAAUACGUUUUGGUCAUGAUUGGGAUCCAAUGUGUAUGAAAAUGGAUGAAGUCCUCUAUAACAUUGCUGAAAAAGUAAAAAAUUUUGCUGUUAUUUAUCUUGUUGAUAUAACUGCUGUACCUGAUUUUAACAAAAUGUAUGAAUUGUAUGAUCCAUGUACAGUUAUGUUCUUUUUUCGUAACAAACAUAUUAUGAUUGAUUUGGGUACUGGAAAUAAUAAUAAAAUCAAUUGGACACUUGAAGAUAAACAAGAAAUGAUUGAUAUUAUUGAAACAGUUUAUCGUGGAGCAAGAAAAGGACGUGGUCUUGUUGUAUCACCAAAAGAUUAUUCAACAAAAUAUCGAUAUUAAUAUCAAUUUAUUAGGUAUCAAAUUUAUAUUUUAUAUCAAUUAAUUUAUCAAAAAAAAAAAUUACAUCACAACAAGUGAAUAACAAUUGUUUGCAGUCAAAUUUUUU